GGGCGGGGGGGGCGCUCUUCCUGGUCCACUUCGUGGCGCCCCCGGCGGCGGAAGGAAGGAAGGGGGCUGGGCCGCCGCUCGGGGUCGUCGCCGGCCGCCGACCCGCCUUUGCUUGUCCCUCGUGCAGGCGGAGCUGCGGUCGGAGGCUCCAUGUUGGGAAGCGGCGCCUGCCGUCCUCGUUAAGCGGGAGUCGUCGGGGCGCCGCGGGCUGAGGCGGCGGCGGCGGCGGCGGCGGCGGGCCGGGCGCCGAGCGAAGAUGGAGGCCCCGCUGCGGCCUGCGGCGGCGGACAUCCUGCGGCGGAACCCGCAGCAGGACUACGAGCUCGUGCAGCGGGUCGGCAGCGGCACCUACGGGGACGUCUAUAAGGCCAGAAAUAUACAUACGGGAGAGUUGGCUGCAGUAAAAAUUAUCAAAUUGGAGCCUGGAGAUGAUUUUUCUUUGAUUCAGCAAGAAAUAUUUAUGGUUAAAGAAUGUAAACAUUGCAACAUUGUUGCCUACUUUGGGAGCUAUCUCAGUCGGGAAAAACUGUGGAUUUGUAUGGAAUACUGUGGUGGCGGAUCACUUCAAGAUAUUUACCAUGUUACUGGACCAUUAUCAGAAUUGCAAAUAGCCUAUGUAUGCAGAGAAACUUUACAGGGUCUUGCCUAUUUGCAUACUAAAGGCAAAAUGCAUAGAGAUAUCAAAGGUGCAAAUAUUCUAUUGACAGAUCAUGGCGAUGUAAAAUUAGCUGACUUUGGUGUAGCUGCAAAAAUAACAGCUACAAUUGCAAAGAGAAAAUCUUUCAUUGGCACCCCUUAUUGGAUGGCCCCAGAAGUCGCGGCAGUAGAAAAGAAUGGUGGCUACAACCAGCUCUGUGAUAUCUGGGCAGUAGGAAUAACAGCAAUUGAACUUGGAGAACUUCAACCACCUAUGUUUGAUCUUCAUCCAAUGAGGGCCCUCUUCUUAAUGUCCAAAAGUAAUUUUCAGCCCCCAAAACUAAAGGACAAAACAAAAUGGUCAUCAACAUUCCAUAAUUUUGUCAAAAUAGCACUAACCAAAAACCCAAAAAAAAGACCAACUGCUGAAAGACUUCUGACUCAUACAUUUGUAGGACAGCCAGGUCUCUCUAGGGCCCUAGCAGUUGAACUUUUGGACAAAGUGAACAAUCCAGACAACCAUUCACAUUACACUGAAGGAGAUGAUGAUGACUUUGAGCCCCAUGCAAUCAUUCGUCAUACCAUUAGAUCUACAAACAGGAAUGCCAGAGCUGAACGGACAGCUUCAGAAAUAAAUUUUGACAAGUUACAGUUUGAACCUCCUUUGAGAAAAGAAACAGAGGCACGGGAUGAAAUGGGAGUAUCAUCAGACCCAAACUUUGUGCUGCAAUGGAAUCCUUUUUUUGAUGGUGCAAAUACUGGAAAAUCAACCUCAAAACGGGCAAUACCACCUCCCCUUCCUCCUAAGCCAAGAAUAAACAGUUACCAUGAAGACAACCUUCUAGAUGAAGAAAAAUCAUCAACUAUAAAACGUUGCCCUGACUCAGAAAACAGAGCUCCCCAAGUUCUCAGAAGACAGAGUAGCCCAAGUUGUGUUCCUGUAGCUGAGACUUCCUCUAUUGGAAAUGGUGAUGGUAUUUCAAAACUGAUCAGUGAAAAUACAGAAGGAUCAGCACAAGUACCACAGCUCCCACGAAAAAAGGACAAGAGAGAGUUCCCUAAACCGGUCAUCAAUGGCCUCCCACCCACUCCAAAAGUGCUGAUGGGAGCAUGUUUUUCCAAAGUUUUUGAUGGAUGCCCUUUGAAAAUUAAUUGUGCAACAUCCUGGAUACAUCCUGAUACAAAAGAUCAGUACAUUAUUUUUGGAACUGAAGACGGUAUUUACACAUUGAAUCUCAAUGAGCUACAUGAGGCAACGAUGGAACAGUUAUUUCCAAGGAAAUGUACUUGGCUCUAUGUCAUCAAUAAUACUUUAAUGUCAUUAUCGGAAGGAAAAAGCUUUCAGCUCUAUUCACAUAAUCUUAUAGCUUUGUUUGAACAAGCCAAAAAACUAGGAUUAGCUGCUCAUAUUCAAACUCAUAGGUUUCCAGACCGCAUACUUCCAAGAAAGUUUGCUUUAACUACAAAGAUUCCUGAUACAAAAGGCUGCCACAAAUGUUGCAUAGUCAGAAACCCUUACACAGGACAUAAAUACCUCUGUGGAGCUUUACAGUCUGGAAUUGUUUUACUUCAAUGGUAUGAGCCAAUGCAGAAAUUCAUGUUGAUAAAGCACUUUGAUUUUCCUCUGCCAAGUCCUUUGAAUGUUUUUGAAAUGCUGGUAAUACCAGAACAAGAAUACCCUAUGGUCUGUGUAGCUAUUAGCAAAGGCACGGAAUCAAAUCAGGUAGUUCAGUUUGAGACAAUCAAUUUGAAUUCUGCAUCUUCAUGGUUUACAGAAAUUGGUGCUGGCAACCAACAGUUAGAUUCCAUUCAUGUAACACAGUUGGAAAGAGAUACCGUUUUAGUGUGUUUAGAUAAAUUUGUAAAAAUUGUAAAUCUACAAGGAAAACUAAAGUCAAGUAAGAAACUGGCCUCUGAGCUAACUUUUGAUUUUUGCAUUGAGUCUGUAGUGAAUCAUACUUCUCCCAAUUAUUUCCAAAUCAUGAAGUGUGCCUUCAAGACAGUGUAUUGGCUUUCUGGAAACAUGGAAUGCAGGGGAAAAGCUUCAAAUCAGAUGAGGUUACCCAAGAGAUUUCAGAUGAAACAAGAGUUUUCCGCUUACUAGGAUCAGACAGGGUUGUCGUUUUGGAAAGUAGGCCAACAGAAAACCCUACUGCACACAGCAAUCUUUACAUCUUGGCUGGACAUGAAAAUAGUUACUAAGCAACAGAAACUGAUCCCAAAUGACAGGAAAAUGAAUAUAUUCCGUUAAAAGCAAAAAUAUCUUAAGGGAAUUCAGUACAAACUACACUAUGAUUUGCUUUAACUGUUAUGGGUUAUAUCUCAAAUGAUCUGUACUUUAAGGUAGAAUUCAAUAUUUUCUGUAGCUGGAAACAGCUGUUUUAUCUCUUGCCACUGUGUGGUGGUUAUAUCAAGUUUGCUUAAUAAAAGCUAUGAGAUAAAUAGUCCUAUAGUUCCAGGAAGCCCAGUCUUUUUUAAAAAAAUGUUUGUAACAGGGGUGUCAUAUUUUUAGAUAACAACUUGUGCUUAUCUUCAAGGAGAUAAAUUUAAUGACAGUUUUCUCAUUUUAUAUCAUGUUUUAUUCCUUCUUAAUGAACAUAAUUUUAUAAAGAAAUUAUCAAAUAAGCCUUUCACUUUUACAUUGGCUAUUCUGUAUGUUUUUGUAAAAUAGAAUAUUUAAUCCUUAUUUAUUAAUCUCUUGCUGGAGUGGUGUAAUGUUAUCUAACUUUUAGCAAAGGAGGGUUGCAGAGCAGCUUACAUUUUUUUAUGAUGUAUAAAAAUUUUGUUUACCUUUUAAGAGUAGUAAGAGGGUUUAAAGCAGUGUGUUUGGAGGUUCAAUACAUACAUGCAAUUUUGUUUAACACAAGUAUUUUAUAAAACAAUAUUAUCCAGAAUUGCCUUAAAGUGAAUUUUGUGUUUUCAACUACAAAUAGCUGUAAGGGGUCAUACAGAAGAUACUGAUGAUGGUUGAAAUAUUAUUAGAAGAGGUAUGUAUGUAGAUACGACAACCAUGUGUAUGUAUUCUUGACAAGCAGUAUAAUAUAUCUGUGAUUUUUUUUUUUACAGUAGGGAUAAUGCAUAAAAAUUAACCAUAUAUAUUAUCCCUUGAUGUGUGUGUUGGGGGGGGGAGUAUUUAACUGCCCAUGAUAUGUAAUUCACAUAUACUAUACCAGAGGGGACACUGUAAAGCAACUACAUGUGUAAUGUUGGGUCUUUCACAUAUGUAGGUGUUCAUUUUGAGUAGGUUUAAGAAAAAAGUUUUACGUGAAAUUGAAUUCCUCAUGGGAUAGUAUAAAUAAGCAUUAUAAAAACCAAUAUUCUAAAAAUAGGAAAUAAUGCCAUUUUUUAGUUUACAUCUCUUUUGCUAUUGUUAGUGUCACCUUGGUACCUGGUGUUUUCAUGCAUUCACUGAAGGCAGUUAACAUUGAGAUGAUGAACAAGGAGUUAGCAAUAGCAAACUACUGAUUUAUUUUGAGCAAUUAAUUACUUGAGAGAAAAACAGUAUAACUAUCUCAUUUGGCCGUUAGCAAUUUUGUAAAAUAUGUAUUAUCAUCUCUGUUUUUAAAUGGGGAAAUAAGAAGUUAGCAGGUUAACAGACCCAGUUCACACAGCCAGUUAGGGGUUGAGCCAGACCAUGAGUCUUGUGACUCUGUUCUUUUCAUUAUGCAGUAUGCAAACAAUAAAAUGUUAUGCAAAUAAAGUAUUUAAAAAUGCA